AUGGCUCGGUUCUCCGAUAAAGUCGCUAUCGUAACUGGUAGGUUCAGCAACUAUAUUGUAGUUGGGCCCGAAGUCAUCGAGCGGUAGAGCGCGACUGCCAGACUUCUACGGCUGCAAUAAUUGUAAUCAUAGGCUCUUCGAAUGGAAUCGGUCGUGCCACCGCCAUUCUUCUGGCUUCGGAAGGCGCCAAAGUGACAAUCACUGGCAGAAAUGAGGAAAGACUCGAGGAGACCCGACAGGAACUUUUGAAGGCAAACGUCCCGGCGGGUCACGUGAACGUGUUCGUCGGCGAUGUCACUUUGUCGGAAGAUCAGGACAAGUUGAUUCAAACGACUUUGGAUGCAUUCGGAAAGAUUGACAUUCUGGUGAACAAUGCGGGCGCCGGAAUCCCCGAUGCCGGGGGAAAAACCGGAGUGAACCAAUCACUGGAUACCUACCAUAAAACCCUCGAGCUCAACGUGCAAAGUGUGAUUGCAAUGACACAAAAGAUCCGUCCGCACUUGGCCAAGACGCAGGGAGAGAUUGUGAACGUUUCGAGCAUCGGAGCUGGCCCGGCAGCUGUGAGCCUACCCCUUUUCCCGGUAUUUUAUGACGACAAUUUCUCAUUCAGCAAGUCGCCAACCCCUACUAUUCCAUCGCGAAAGCGGCUCUCGAUCAGUACACCCGGACGGCCGCCAUCGACCUCGUCAACGAGAACAUUCGAGUGAACUCGGUGAGCCCUGGAGCAGUUGUCACUGGAUUCUCCUCCGUCGCUAGAGGACUCUCCGAGGAGAAGUCUAAAGCGGUGAGCGACUCACUAGUUGCGUACUGCACAACAUUACAAUUGCUCGUUUUCAGUUCUACGAUUACCUCGGCUCUCAACGCGCGUGUAUUCCGCGUGGAUUCUGUGGUCAACCGGAGGACAUUGCCAAAGUGAUCGCUUUCCUGGCUGACCGCAACUCUUCCAACUACAUCAUCGGACAGACGAUUGUCGCCGACGGAGGAACCACUCUUGUUCUGGGAGCUCAUGCUCAUGUAGCCAAUAUUGCGCAGUCUGUCGCCAAAUAA